AUGCGUUCUUUCGUGAUUUUUUCGCUAUUCGGGCUGGCCGCAUCAGCAGCUAUCACGAACGAAACCACCUAUGAUUAUGUCAUUGUUGGAGGUGGUACAACAGGCCUAGUCGUUGCAAACAGGUUGAGCGAAGACCAGAACAAAACGGUCUUGGUUAUCGAAAAUGGCGCCCUCAGCAACAGCACCCUUUCUAGUAUCCCCGGCAAUUCAGGUGGCCUAAACCUCGCAGCCAUGUAUGACAUAUACAGCGCUCCAGUCCCAGCACUCGGUAAUCAAACAUUCUUGGUAACAGUCGGUAAUGUCGUUGGUGGCGGCUCAUUUGUAAAUGGCAUGCAAUUCGAUCGCGGCGCCGAUGCCGACUACGACGCUUGGGCGGAGCUGGGAAACAAAGGCUGGGACUGGCAGGGUCUGAAACCAUACUUCAUGAAAAGCAAUCACUUCGACGCACCUUCGAAUGAGACUACCGAGGAAUUUGGCAUCAAGUACGAUGCGAAGGCUUACGGAAAUGGCCCGCUCAAAGUGUCUAUUCCAGACUACCAAUUUCCUGAUAUGAAGACUAUAUAUCACUCGUGGGAUGAUGUUGACAUACCUCAUCCGCAGGAAGGUUUCUCGGAGCCUGUUGGUCGUUAUUGGUCGCCAAAUUCGAUUGACAAAACUACGGCUACGCGCUCCACUGCACGUACAGCGUACUAUGAUCCUGUCGCAUCACGAAAGAAUCUCAAGCUAUUGACAGAAACCCAUGUCGACGAAAUCACUUUCUCAAGAGAUAGAGCUGGUGUCUUGAGAGCAACUGGUGUCAAGUACACGCCAAAGAGUACCAACGAGCAAGCCCAGGUUUUCGCAGCCAAAGAAGUGAUUCUCGCCGCCGGGGGUGUAUUCACACCACACCUGCUUAUGUACUCUGGUAUUGGACCAAAAGACGUACUUGAAGCCGCGGGUGUCAAUGUAAAGAAGGACCUCCCAGCGGUCGGCUCCAAUUUCCAAGACCACAUCGCCAGCUACAUGAACUUCGACCUGCGAAAUCUUAAUGCCGAGAACAUGGGCGCCCUCAACACCAACGCGACAUUCAACCAGACAGCGUAUGUUGAAUACUCGGAAUUUCGUACUGGCCCGUAUUCGGCCGGUAAAUCAAACGGCCUCAUCUUCCUCGCCCUCCAACACUUCUCCCCAUCCUUCAACACCACAGCCUCAAAACUCCUUUCCCAAAUACCCACCCACUUCCUCCCAGAACGCUACUCAACCAACCCCCACCUCCUCGCUGGCUUCACCGCCCAACGCGCCAUCCUCGCCACCCAACUCUCCCGCACUACCGCUGCCGUCGGCGAAAUCGUCAUUCAACCCUGGGGUCUCUCCGGCAUCGUUAACAAUAAACCCCUCUCCCGCGGCACUAUCACACUAAACACUACGCAUCCCGCUGCUUACCCAAUCGUUCAAUGGAACACCUUCCAGAACCCCGUCGACGCAGACAUCAUGGUAGCGCUCACGCGAUUCAAUCGCGCUCACUGGGCAUCCUCACCCGCACUUUCUCGCUACAGCCCCGUUGAAACGAGCCCCGGGCCGCAGUAUCAGACUGACGAGGAGAUUAUAGAGGGAAGUGUAAAGUCCGGGUCGUUGCAACCGUCGUUUGCACAUCCGAGCGGCGGGUGCAGUAUGAUGCCUGAGGAGCUGGGGGGUUGUGUUAGUGACGAGUUGUUGGUGUAUGGGGUGGCAGGGCUGAGUGUCGUGGAUGCGAGUAUGAUACCGAUGAUUCCCGCAGCGCAUUUGCAAGCAACUAUGUAUGCGGUUGCGGAGAAGGCGGCGGAUUUGAUAAAGAGGAGGGGGUAA